ACUACAGCUGGAUCCUUGCAUUGUAUGGCCUGCACAGAUCAGACGUGUACAACCACAGCAUUAUCAGAAUGUGGCUCAGAGACAAUGUGCAUUACUGCUUCCAUUAUAGCCACUUCAUCAGGAACUACUACUGAAAGAAUCUACAAGGGCUGUGCACCAUCCCACCUGUGCCAAGUUACAGGCAUGCAGAACUUUUCAGCCAACUUGGGUUUCUCAAGCGUCCAUGCAUCCGCUCUGUGCUGCAACUCUGAAAACUGCAACUCCCAAAGUCUUCCCAUGCCCCAACCUCAGCCAUCUAACAACCUGCAGUGUUUGACUUGUAACCCUCAAACAUCUAACUGUAGCACCAUGGUAACGUGUUCAGGGGAGGAAAACAGCUGCUUGACAGCCACAGGUAAGAACCUGCAGAGUCUACCUUUCAUGGAAAAUCUUGGUAACAUCACCAGUGGACUAAGCUGUUGCGGACAAACUGGGUGUAACUCUUGGACACCAAAUCCUCCAUCAUCAACGCCUUCACCUACCGAUUCAGUUACAACUUCAUCUCCUGCACCAACUACAACCAACAACACAGCUGGAUCCUUGCAUUGUAUGGCCUGCACAGAUCAGACGUGUACAACCACAGCAUUAUCAGAAUGUGGCUCAGAGACAAUGUGCAUUACUGCUUCCAUUAUAGCCACUUCAUCAGGAACUACUACUGAAAGAAUCUACAAGGGCUGUGCACCAUCCCACCUGUGCCAAGUUACAGGCAUGCAGAACUUUUCAGCCAACUUGGGUUUCUCAAGCAUCCAUGCAUCCGCUCUGUGCUGCAACUCUGAGAACUGCAACUCCCAAAGUCUUCCCAUGCCCCAACCUCAGCCAUCUAACAACCUGCAGUGUUUGACUUGUAACCCUCACACAUCUAACUGUAGCACCAUGGUAACGUGUUCAGGAGAGGAAAACAGCUGCUUGACAGCCACAGCUGGAUCCUUGCAUUGUAUGGCCUGCGCAGAUCAGACGUGUACAACCACAGCAUUAUCAGAAUGUGGCUCAGAGACAAUGUGCAUUACUGCUUCCAUUAUAGCCACUUCAUCAGGAACUACUACUGAAAGAAUCUACAAGGGCUGUGCACCAUCCCACCUGUGCCAAGUUACAGGCAUGCAGAACUUUUCAGCCAACUUGGGUUUCUCAAGCGUCCAUGCAUCUGCUCUGUGCUGCAACUCUGAGAACUGCAACUCCCAAAGUCUUCCCAGUACGCAUAACUGCAAUGAGCUCGGACAAGUGCCCCAACCUCAGCCAUCUAACAACCUGCAGUGUUUGAGUUGUGACCCUCAAACAUCAAACUGUAGCACCAUGGUAACGUGUUCAGGGGAGGAAAACAGCUGCUUGACAGCCACAGGUAAGAACCUGCAGAGUCUACCUUUCAUGGAAAAUCUUGGUAACAUCACCAGUGGACUAAGCUGUUGUGGACAAACUGGGUGUAACUCUUGGACACCAAAUCCUCCAUCAUCAACGCCUUCACCUACCGAUUCAGUUACAACUUCAUCUCCUGCACCAACUACAACCAACAACACAGGAAGCGACUUGGUCACACCUCUGGCUGAUAUAUAA